CAGCGAUUGACAUCUAGCGUCCAUGAUAAUCAAACUCAUAUAUAAACUACUAACAUGGUAUUAACAGUUGAUCAUCAAUUGGGAAGAAAAAUUUAUUGUCUGAAUUUUUGUUAAAUUUUAAUAUGCUAAAUUCUUGAAUAUUGUCAAUCUGCAAUCCCCUAAGAUAAAUUUAUUAUAUCCAUUUUUUUCAAAAAUGGGCAACAAUGCUUCACAACUUGAAAAAGAUAUUGGCUAUGAUCAAUUUCCGGCGAAUGAACAUUAUUUUGGUUUGGUUAAUUUUGGCAAUACUUGUUAUUGUAAUUCGGUAUUACAAGCCCUAUAUUUUUGUAAACCAUUUCGAGAUAAAGUUUUGGAAUAUAAAAACAAGAAUAAACGAAAUAAUCGCGAAACAUUGCUCACAUGCUUGGCCGAUUUAUUCUAUUCAAUAGCUACGCAAAAGAAAAAAACUGGCACUAUACCACCGAAAAAAUUCAUUACACGAUUACGUAAAGAAAAUGAAGUGUUCGACAAUUAUAUGCAACAAGAUGCACAUGAAUUCCUUAAUUAUCUUCUUAAUACAAUCGCCGAUUUAUUGAGCGCAGAAAAAGCAUCCGAACAGCAACAUAAUGGAUUGGACAUCGAAAACAAGAAUGCUCAAAAUCAGAAAACAUGGGUUCAUGAUAUAUUUCAGGGUACGUUAACCAAUGAAACACGAUGUCUCAACUGUGAAUCAUUAUCAUCAAAAGAUGAAGAUUUUCUCGAUCUAAGUGUCGACGUUGAUCAAAACACAUCUAUAACUCAAUGUUUGCGUGUGUUCUCCAAUACUGAAACUCUUAGCUCCGAACAUAAAUAUUAUUGUGAGAAUUGUUGCUCCAAACAAGAAGCACAAAAAAGAAUGCGUAUCAAAAAAUUGCCAAUGAUAUUAGCAUUACAUUUGAAGCGUUUCAAGUAUACAGAAAGUCAAAAUCGCCAUACAAAAUUAUCGUAUCGUGUUGUUUUUCCUUUGGAACUACGGUUAUUCAACAAAUCCAAUAAUGAUGAUAGUAGUGAUCGAUUAUAUGAUCUAGUUGCCGUCGUUAUUCAUUGCGGUACUGGGCCGAAUCGUGGCCAUUAUAUCAGUAUUGUAAAAUCUUUUGGAUUCUGGUUGCUCUUCGAUGAUGAUAUUGUCGACAAAAUUGAUCCAUCAACUAUUGAAGAUUUUUUCGGAUUAACAAGUGAUACACAAAAGAAUAGUGAAUCAGGUUAUAUUCUUUUUUAUCAGAGCAGAGAUUUUUGACUUGAAUUAUUUUAGUUUCAAACGAUAAACAAAGACAAAAAUGUUCUUUUCGUUAUAAUUGUUAAUUUUUUUCUUACUCAUAUUUAGUCAUAUUUGUUAAAUUAAUUUUUUUUUAUAAAGAAAAAUUGAUAAUUUUUCAGGAAAAAAUAUGUGAUAUAUUAUUUCCUUAUACAAUAG